UUUCAAACCACGCACUAUUUUUACUUCAAAUCUUCAUUUAUUUUUGGGUUUUGUUGACUUUUAUACACUUCCAAAGUCUAAUUUAUUGAAUUUACAUACACUAUGCGAUCGGACUUGGAUCCAAAGGAAUCUCCUCCGCUCCCGCCGCCGCGAGAAACAACUCUCAAAGAUAUUGUGCAAUGGAAGAAAAGACGUUUUAACAUCUCAGCUAUUGUUAUAUCAACAGCUGCAUGGAUUGCUCUCGAAAUAUAUGGGCUUAACUUCGUUACGGUGUUUUCGUGGGCGGCCAUGCUUGGGGUUACUUGUUUGUUCAUUUGGGGCAACAUUGAUGGGCUUCUAAGGAAACAAUCAACAGACAUGCCUAGGUUUCACAUUAGCAGAGAAUCAGCGGUGGAGACGGCCAACUUAUUCUGCCAUCGGGUCGAACAAUGUGUUGAUUCUGUGUUGAGUUUUGGUGCGGAGAGCUCGUGGCACGUUGUUGCCGGAGCUUUGGCUUCUUUGGCUUUGCUCUCACGAAUUGCCACUCACCUCCCUUUUGUUUCUUUUCUCUACCUAGGUGUGUUGGGUGGUCUUACCAUACCAAUUACGUAUAGCAAGUAUGAACACAAAAUUAAGGAGUCCGAGCAACGAGUUAGGAUGCACUACCGAAGGUGUUACAGCAUGGUUUGGCAAAAAGUCAACGAUCUGAAGAAUUUGAUUUCAAGUAAGACAGAGUAUUGGCAAAAGAAGGUGUAUCAACAUAAGAAAGUAGAAUAGUGGGUAGAUCGAGUAAUAUACUCUUCUUAGUUUGCACUUGUAUACUUGUACUACUAGGAGUAUGUAUAAAUAACAAGAGGAAUGAAAUAAAACGGGUGGG